AUGUCUCCAUCAAGUCUCCCAUCUCCUCCUCUUUCGCCCACAUUAAAAAGACCAUCUCACUACCCCCGGCACCGUCACCCGGACCGUCGACGAGAAUGCUAUGAACACCUGCAGGCAAUCAUUCGAGCAAACAAAGAACGAGAACACGAGGAAGAAGAGGCAAUGGUGCGUGAAGCCCCGGCCAUCUUUUGUCGCUCCCAACCACGUCCAACCACCAGCAUACUCAUCAAACCAUCUCUUAUCAACCCACCAACCAAACGGCCCUCUGUUCGAUUCACGUCUGAACCACCCAAAGUAUUCCACUACCAAUCUCCUCAGUCAACAGCCGUAUAA